GGUCACACUAAUAGAUAUUGUUUACGUGUUUGGUUGACAAGAUUGUUUUAUUUCCGAGCAAAAAAUGUCAUCCUGGAUAACAGGAUUGGCGGACAAGGCCGAAAACAUUCUGAACAAGAUCGAUCAGAAUGCGGCGACAGCCCUACAGACGGAUAAUCAAGCCGGGACAUCCGGGGAUCCGAUGCGGAGAAGCUUAACCAGCAGUACUCAAUCCCUGUCCAUCCAGUCCUUCAAGACCACUUUGUCGCCAGCGAAGCGUUCGGGGGCCAACAGUGCGUCCAGUGUCAAAAGCGAGGGGGGAGGAUCAGUGGUGACCAAGGACCUACACCACAAGAUGUCGACGUCUGCCAGUUUCUCAAACGCAACUAGCCCGGAGCAGCAAUCCAUGGACACUCACGAGUUGGCAGCCUUCAAGAUCGCUCUGAACGAGAUUACGGCAGAACGCGAUGAACUGCGGCUGAGGUUGAAUGAGCUUAACCACGACAGUGAGCACUUUGCCCUGCAGCAGCGCAGCCAGGAGCUGGAGGCCCUGGCCCAAACCUUUUCCGAGGAGCGGGACAAAGCUAUCCACGAUCUGAACGAGGCCCAAACUGCUCACAUGGCCUACGUUCACUCCAUCUCCGAGCUGGAGACGAAUCUGGCCAAACUCCAGCAGGAAUACAUGAGCACUUCUCAAAAGCUUCAGAUGCAGACCAAGGAAACGGAACAGCAACGCCAGGAGCUGCAGGAGUACAGAACGAAAGCUCAGCGAGCCUUGCAGGCCAAGGAUGCCUUGAUAGCCGAACUCAAGGCGAAUCCCACUGAGGGAGGGGCGGAUCCCAGCCUGGUUGCCAAAGACAGCGAAACCCGUUUCCUGCAAAUGGAACAUGAUGCCCUCAAACAGGAGCUGGACCAUGCCAACGAGGAGUUGCAGAAGGCGCGACUGCAGCUGGAAGACUACUUCUCACAGGAGCAGCAGCGUCAGGUCGAGCUUGGUUCUGCCCGUCAGAGAGAAGAGUCGCUGGCCAAGGAGCUACGGCAGUCUCGGGAGCACAGCGUGACCUCCGAGUCGGAGCAGCGCAUUCUCACUCAGGAAAUUUCCUCACUCCGGCAGCAACUGAGUAACCAAAUGGCAGCCUCCGCCACUCGCCUCCAGGAGCGGGAGCAGCAACUACAGCAGAUGCGGCAGCGGCUUAGUGAGGGUGCCAAUGCCGGAGCCAAAAACGACUACGAGUCCCGACUCAAAGCGCUCACCCAAUCGCUGGUCGAGCGACAGAGUCUCUUGGAGCGGGUGACUGCCGAAAGGAAUGCCCUGCGCCUGCAGCACGAGAAGGCACAAUUGCAGCUGCAACAGAACAUGCACCUGGUGGAGAUGGAGGGCCAGCGCGGCAGCUCCCGCAAUCCCUUGCUUUCCAACAGCACAGAUGAUGCCAAAGCCCAAUUUCCACUGCUGAUGCACCCGAGUCCGUUCGACAACCGAGUGGCCCGCCGCUUCAAGCGAGCUCUGCGCCAGGCGGACUCGAUGGGCAUCCGGGUGGGCGCCUUUCUGCGCCGCUAUCCAAUGAUGCGGGUCUCUGUGAUUGUCUAUGUGGCACUGCUCCACUUGUGGGUCAUGUUCGUUCUGCUCUCCACCACACCAAACUAAUCGAAUCAAUUUAAUUGAGCAAUUGUUUUUAUUUUUAAAUAUAUGUAUUGCAUUUUA